AGAAACUGCCGUGUUGAACGGACGUGUUGAAGUGUCGCUAGGUUUCGGUGGUGCAGCAGCGUUUGUGCAUUCGCAUUCGCAGUCGCAAAUUCGCAUCGCCUCGUCGCUUGUGCAGCAGGAUUUCAACUGCAGGCAAUUCCAAUUUUACACGUAAAUUCAGAAACGAGGAAGCACGGAAUCGAAACCGCUUGGAAAACAGUUAUUCCCUACAUUUUUCAAACUAAAAGAACUGCAGCGGAUGAAGUGCAAAAAGCGGAAAGUGCUAAAAGUUUGCGGCAUUGAACACUUUUAAUUAUUAUUUACGUUUUGUUUGUGUUUCGUCGAGCAAAACCAAUGCACAAACUAACUGUCCAGUGUGCAUGUGUGUGUCAAGUGUGCGUGUGUGCGUCGUGAGUGUUGCAAAACGGCUGUUCGCCCAGUGAUUCAAAGCCAAAUGUCACUGUGAAAAUGUCUCAACGAGCAAAUUUUAGGAACGUCAAGAAAAACAUUCAACGAUCACAAAACCGGCGAAUGCUGCAAAAUGCGAAUCAAGAACAUUUAACCAUCUAAAUAAAUGAAUUCAAUUUAAUUGAAACAAAUUUCGCGGAAAUGCAACAAAUCAACUUAAAAAUGAACUGAACAACAUAAACAUUUCGAAAAACAACGCAAAAUUCUAAAAUUGGCAACAUAAGUUUUGGUCUUGAAUUAAACGCAACAAAAAUAUAAAUCAACAAAAAACGAUUUUUGGCAACAAAACAGCAUAAUAACAUACACAAAUUGUAAUUAUCUCAAAACGUCCACACGUGAAAAUGUUUUGCAACUAAGAUGAAAAUCUAAUAAAAUCAAUGUAAUUUUUUAAAGCAAAAGGAAAACUAAAACCGUCAGCAAAAACCAGCCCAAAAUCAGUUGAAAAGCCGAGGGAAAUCUUUUUAGAACAAACGCAGAAAACCGCAAAAAUUUAAGCCACCAAAUUGGUAAACUCUUCAAAAUUAUUGGUUCGGACAUACGCAAUACUAAACACAGCAACACAACAACAGCAACAACAACAGCAGCCAUAGCAACUACUACAGUGAUCACUACAGUAAAAGCAACCGCAACAGAAGCAGCAGCAUAAAACGUGUGUGUUAGUUUGCAUAAAAAUUUCGUUUCGAUAAAAGCAAAGCAAAAUCAUUUAAAAAAGUAAAUCAAGAAUAAAUUAAAAAUUACCAAUCGUAAUACAUGUAUUUAUAAAAUAUAUAUACCUAUACAUAUAUCUAUGCUUACAAAUUAUAUCGAAGAAUAUUUGGUAAACAAUUUUUGAUAAAAACAACUCGAGUAUAUAUCCUAACUAAUUAGCAACCAAACUGCAAAAACAAAAAGAACUAGAACAUUUGGCAUAAGUGAAAAAGUGAAGUGAGAUAAACUAAAACAAAAAAAAACUUAUAAAUUCAAAAUUACCACUUGUGAAAAGAUUUUACAACUGAGGAUUCUGGAUUUGGAUUAAUGCGUAAAUUUGCAAUUGAAUAUUAAGCAUUUGGCGUGUUCGGAGUCGGAUUCAGUUUUGAGAUUCGGUGCUCUCACAGUCUCUGGUUAAAUUUCUAUGCCAACGCCAACGACAAAAAACUUAUCAGCUACGAUUGAAGCAGCAGCAGCGGAAGUGAUUAGAGUACCGGAACAAUUCGCACCGAAAUCGGCGAACGUAACGACGAGAACGACACUCAAGAAAUUAACUAAACAAUUGCAAAAUUCCCUUUGGCUAAGGAUUUGCAGCGGCCGAAUUGCUUUUAUGCUCUGCUGGCAGCUACAAAAUUCCACGAAAUUCCAUUUUGGCAAACCGAAAACAAACAAAUCAAUUCGCAGAGCAGCUGAAAAACAGCAGCAGCAGCAGCACCACCACCAUCACCAAUACCCAAAAAUUGGAAUCAUUGGAAAAAGUCGAAAACAGCGUCGUCGUUGUCGCCGUUCUGGCGCCGUUCGAACAGCUUGGAUCCUGAGAGCUAAGGACACCGAUACGGACAGAGAUACGGACAGGGAUACGGACAAAGAUACGGUCACGGCCACGGAUCGGCACAAAGGUAUAGCACCACUGCUGGCACCAUGGAUCCGCAGCAGCAGUUCUGCCUCAAGUGGAACAGUUUCUCGUCUAACUUGGCAAUAACAUUCUCCAAUCUGUUCAAAUCGGAUCUGCUGGCCGAUGUCAUAUUAUCCUGUGAUGGCGUAGUAUUCAAAGCCCACAAACUUAUAUUGGCGGCCUGCUCAAAGAAGUUCGCCGAUCUGUUCGAGAACACGCCCACAAAUGGCCAGUGCGUCAUCAUACUGGAGGCGACCUCGCCGGACAACAUGGCCGCUCUUCUGGAGUUCAUGUACAAAGGCGAGGUUCACGUCUCCCAGGAGGCGCUCAACAGUUUCCUCAAGUCCGCCGAGAGUUUGCAGGUCAAAGGUCUGUCCACGGAAACGGGACGUCUGGCGGCGCAGCAAGCGCAACAACACAUGGGCGACCUGUCGCCGCUGGACUCGCCGACGGGCAGGCGGAGCAUAAGGAACAGUCUGAGCGGCGGUAGCAGCAUCCUUCCCGGCGGAGUCGGUAUCGGCCUGGGAGGAGGCGUUACAGGAGCCAACUCCAUGCCGGGCAUGGGCAUUGGCAACGGCUUGAGCUUGGCCGGCAUGGCAGCUGGUGGCGGAAUGGCGGCGGCUGCAAAUGCGGCGGCCAGUAGCCUCAGUACCCUGGCGGCCAGUGCAAAUGUCGUGGACAGAUGCGGCAGUGCCGGCGCCAACAUAAUCAGCGGAACAGCGGCAGGGAUUGGCGGCGCCCACAGCGUGGGUGCGGGUAAUGGCAGCGGCGCAGUGGGAAUCGGUGGCAACGGAGUCGGCAGUGGCAGCGGCAACAAUGGACCCAUUAGCCUGGGAAGCGGCGCUGGCGCUGCUCACCAUCUGGGCGGUUCCACCGGCAUCUUGAAGCAGGAGUGCGACUCCCUGAUGCAUCCGGGUGGCAGCGCUUCCUCUACCGGAAUGGGCUACACCCAUGUGCCGCCCAUCUACCGACCCAUUAACUACGAACCUCCGCGCAAGAGGGCUAUUGUCCGCAGUCCGUAUUCCGAGCAGGAGCAGCGCGGUUCCGUCCUGCGAGAUGGCUCCAAGUCCUCCGAGUGCCCCAGCCCCAUCAACAAGCCGCCGUACCACCGUCCCUCGUCCAGCGCCUCCUCCACGGCGCCCACCGAGGCCGAUACCAUGCACUCCGAACGCGCAUCGCCACAGUCCAGUCGCUACGAGAACCAUAGUCCCAGCACCACUGCGGGAAAUGGAAACGCCACCAGUAGCAUGGAGCGCAUUGUGAAAUCGGAGCGCAACAAUGGCAGUGCCAAUGAGGCUAACGACGACGACCGCGAGCUUAUGGAUGAGUCUACAGAUAACGGAGCCGAGGAUCUGCGCGUGAAGCUGGAGAACUUGAAGUACUCACCGCCACCGCCGCCGAACUCGAACACCUCGUCGACCACACCGAAUGCCCUGCUGGAGAACCUGAAGGCGGACGGAACGCUGUCCAGUAACCUGGCCGCCUCGAUUGCGCCGGCGGACAUGUUGAACGUAUGGAACGCGACCAAGUUGAACAACAAGAACAGCGUGAACACGGCCGACGGUAAGAAGCUGAAGUGUCUGUACUGCGAUCGUCUGUACGGAUACGAGACGAAUCUGCGGGCACACAUCCGGCAGCGCCACCAGGGCAUCCGCGUGCCAUGUCCCUUCUGCGAGCGAACCUUCACGCGGAACAACACGGUGCGCCGUCACAUUGCCAGGGAGCACAAGCAGGAGAUCGGAUUGGCGGCGGGGGCAACAAUUGCACCAGCACACUUGGCAGCGGCAGCUGCAGCAACAGCAGCGGCUACAGCGGCAGCCAGCAAUCAUUCACCAUAGGAAGCAGCCGCAACAGCAGCGGCAUCAGUAGUCAUGAACGCCAACAAGGAGGCGGCAAAGCAGCGCAAACGUAAAACACUCAAGAUGGCACUGGAGAAGUGCAUGCAGCGACGGGACGCAAUGGUGGCGGAGACCACCACGGGGGCAGGAGGAGAUGGGGCAGAAGCAGAAGCAGAGGGAGAGGCAGGCGAGUCGGGCGAGGCAGUGGACGGGGCAGGGUCGGAAGAAGGAGCCGGUUCAGAGGGCACUGAACCGCUCACCUACGAGCAGCAGCAGCAGCGAAUGCACCAGGAGCUGACGCAGCAGAUCAGGGCGGCCAUGGCGGCGGAACAGGCCGCCGAGGCCAUGGACUCGACCAUGAACACCACGGUCAACACCACCACGACGACCACAACCACAACGAACACCACUGGUACCACCAGCGAUGGUUGCAGCGAUGCAGAGGCCAGCGAUGGCAGCGAUCGACCCAUGGAAGUGGACGAGGACCAGCCACCGGAGCCACAACCAGGAUCCGAGCUCGUUGUCGUGGAGCCCAAGAUCGAGGUGCUCUCGGAGUCCGAGGACGAGGAGGAUCGACUGCACAUGUCCGAAGCCGAACCGGAUAUCCAGGCCGAGGCCAUUUACGAUCACAUGCCCAACACGCCCACCAGCCCCCCACACAUCAUACCGCCCAACGAGACGCCCACUCUGACCUCCACGCCCAAGGUCAAUGUGGAGCAAUAGGAUGAGGAGAAACGAGAUGCCCCCAGAGGAUGCCCCCCAAAGAAGCUGCUUAGAUUUAGGCUAAGAAUCGAUGAAACGACGGAGUGAUGAAGAUGAGUGAUUUACGAACACGUUUUACGCGCGCAAAGAAGAAGAUGAUGAUACAUGACUACUGAUGCAACUGCUGUUGCCCUCGGAGACCAACACCUACCAAGCUAGACAAGAAGUCCCAAACUGGGCACAUUGAUUACUAUAAUAACUAAACAAGGAACUAAACUACUAAAUGAUAAGAUGUACCACACACGUGCACACCAAACAAAAAAAAAAACACACAGCAAACAGACAGACAAGCGAACACACGAACAGAUGGCAGAAUUCGAUGACCAACUUUUUGCAGACAUUUUUAUUACAAAUUUGUGUUUCAAGCCAACCAACCACAAACAAUCAACGAAGUUCAAGCAGCAGACACAAGCACGAGCAAGUGCUACAGAAUCCAAACCAAUUAAUGGCAGUAUGAAACAGAACUCUCAAGAAACAGAACAGAAACAGAAACAGAACCAGAAUCAGAAUCAGAAACAGAAAUAUAGUAAUAUAGAAACAAAUGCAA